AUGGGAGAGCGCAGCUCUAGCUUAUUCGCCAAGUUGACGCUCAAAUCGAAGCGUCACUCUGCCCCAGCUGUUCCCAGCUCCGUGACGCUUUCGUCGUCAUCAAGUCAAUCUGCCUCCAACCCAGCCACUACGCCCGAGACCGAAUCUCCCACUUCGUUUUCGGGAGUGGCCGACUACGGUCUCGGCUACUCGAGCAUAAACUAUCAACGCUCGUCGAGCUACAAAGGCAAACGCACAAGCAAAUCAAACCUUCCGUCUCUGAUCGAGUUUGAACGGUGUGCAGACCCGAAUUUGGCUCAAGCACAACGCUCAGCGCACGUUCGCAGUCAGUCUCGUUCCACGAAGCUCAGCAACCACCAUGCCGAAGAGGAGCCGAUCUUCAUCGAGAUCAUAGACGGAGCCGCACCACGCACGCCCGUGAUCCAGUCCACCGUUCGAGCACGAUCUCACGCUAGCACCUCACCGCCGCAUUCAGCCGCCAUCGUUCCAGCUGAUCUCCGAUCCCCCUUUUCCAUUAGCAGAACCGCUUCCCAGUCCCAUCCUAGCCGCCCACCUGCUCGCGUCAAUCCUCGUCGCUGUCAUUCUGUCAAUGGACCUGAAGGUAUCCAUGCGCCUUGCUCAAGCGCUGUGACCCCCUUUGCUGAAGCUGCCGCUCAGCCGGUGGGCGCUUCGAGUCCAUCCUACUAUGCGGUUGCGCGUGGCUGGAAGAAAGGUAUCUAUUCAGCAAAGGAGGAAGCAGAACGUCAGAUUCGCAAUUUUCCAGGGCCUUUGAUGCGGCAGUUCGGCGAUCGAGCAUCAGCCGAAGACUUUCUUGACAAAUAUGGUCGAGUCGGCUCGCAAACAUCCUCAACCGAUGAUGCCGAGGAGGAGUUCGUGGAACGAACAAGAAUCUUCAAAGGACUGGAUCCGAACAGCGACCUUGCAAGACGUAGGACCAUUUCCAUGUAUGCUGAGCGCAAGGAGGCGCUUCGCAAAUCACGAGUUUGCAUCGCCACACCAUCGCCUCUCCUCCGCCCAAAGUCUCUCCAUUCGCCUCCCCUCUCACCCAGAAGCCCUUUGCCCGAUUUCGCUUCCGUCUCGCCCAUCGACCCGACCAAUGGCUUUGCGACUCUGUCACUCCAAGGGAUGACUCUGCUUCCCGUCACGCACCUGGUUGAGUCUAUGGCCUUCUACGCCAAGGUCCUGGACUUCGUUUGCACCUCGCAUCAGCCAGAAGUUCAAGCCGUUAUGAGCUCCACCGCCGCGACUGUCUGUCUGCGCGCAAUCACAUCACAGUCUCCAGAAGCUGUCAACGUCUACGAUAUCACCGACGCCCCGACCCAACUGCUUCCCUCUACGCUCAGGCAUUGGGCUCUGCCCACAAGCUCCAGAGAGCAGUCAGACUGCGCACACCCUCCUUUACCUCCCACUCCUGAAUCGCUCAACGUCCCUUUCACAGAUCCUGAGCCGCUCGAGUUACCUUCCACGAGUGUCUCGCUUUGUCGAACUGAUUCCAUCUUGUCGGGCGCAACCGUGCUGAUUGAGCACGGCGAUGCACCUGAUGCCAUGCAUUCACGCUUGACAGCUAAACUCAAUCAAUGGCGACUCGAUCAAAAGCAGACUGCCGCAUCAAGCCAGAUGAGGGGUAUGCGACGUUGCAUCGACGGCGCCAGACUGCUCGGAGGUGUGCGUCAGACUCCCUGGAAUGCGCAGGAGCUGCAUCUGUGCGACAUCGACGGUCAUCGCAUCAUCUAUACCACGCCCUUGUCCCGAGCCAGUCCUGGCAAGAGCUUUUACUGA